AUGAACGGAGCAGACGUAAUCAGCACUUUACCUGAUGUGAUACUCCAACAUAUACUUUGUUUCAUUCCAACCAAGUUCGCAAUCAGAACAAGUCUUCUCUCAAAACGAUGGAGGCAUGUAUGGUGCGAUGUACCUUCUCUCUACUUCAUUGAUUACACACCUAAUGAUGAUGCUUCUCUUGACAAAACCCUAAGUUACCACACUGCUCCUAAGAUGAUGAACUUUCACCUCCGUACCACUAGCGAUCUCCACAUAGACAAGUGGGUCAAGUUAGCCAUGUCCCGCAACGUGGAGAAUCUGUCCUUGGAUCACUGGAAGGUUCAUGAGUCUCCUAUUCCUGAUUGCUUCUUUAACAAUUCUUCGGUCAAGCAACUCACCUUUAAGUUAUGCUUCAUUGAUUUAACUCCCAAAUACUCUGUGUUUUGGACAUCACUUAGGAACUUUUCCUUGGGUUGUUGUAGAGUGUCUGAUGAAUCCAUUGCUAAGAUUCUAUCUGGUUGUCCAGUUCUUGAAAGCUUGACAUUGUAUCUUUGCUAUAAACUGAUGGUUCUUGAUCUCAGCAAAUCAUCGCGUCUGAAAACACUAGAAGUAUACCGCAACAGUAAGGUACCCGGGCCAACGCAAAUUCUAGCACCACAUAUACAUUGUCUCAGACUAAGAAACUAUCUUUUACCAUGUACUUUAGUCGAUGUCUCGUCUUUAACCGAAGCCAAUAUGGAAAUUGGCUUCAACUAUGUGCAAAGGACGGUGAAUGCUGAUGUUCUUCAAGUAAUGGUGCUAAAGAUGCUAGAAAAGUUAAAGAACGCGGAGAUGCUUACUUUUGGAGGAAACUUUCUUCAGAUUUUAUCUAUUGCCGAGCUUUGUGGUGUGCCUUUUCCGAUGUUGAAGGUCAAAUAUUUGGUUCUUGAGACAGUGAUCUUUCAAUAUGUUAUUCCUGGUAUCGAAAGGCUGUUACAAAACUCACCUUGUUUAAAGAAGCUAAUCGUACGAGCAAGGGGUCGCAACACCUUACCACAGAGCCUUUCCAAGUACCUAACUACGCGAGGCUUGGAUCCUGAUCAAUGCUGGAGAUCAAAAGAUGGAGUCUUCUGGAACAAGAACCGUUGGGAUUUAGAGUCAAAGCAUGUGACUUCAUUGGUGGAACUUGUGGUUAAGAACACAAAGACACUAGAAAAGAUGGACAUACUGUUGGACGAACGUUACCUUAAGUUUAAGUUUACAGAUUUGGUCCUUCCAACACUUGCUCAUCAUAACAACAUCUCCAUUAAUAUUGGGCUCUUUACCAAACCGUGGGAAGCAUAUGAAUGGUGUGUAUUUCGUCUGCAGUCUUGUUGA